AUGGGUAGCGGUGCUGUAAACGUUUUGAUCAUUGGUGAUUCACCUACAACUCAUUUUUUCACGUGGAAGUUUCUUUGUCAAAGGUCCAAGUUCAAUGUGUUUGUAAUAUCAGAGUACACUAAAGCCACUUCAAAAUGGCACUCUGAAGAAGGCGGCGAUCAAGUGUUUGAUAAUGUUGUGUCAUUUAUAUCCAUUGACAAGUUUGUUCAGUCAAAAUCCAACCCUGUAUCAUAUGAUUUGGUACUAUUCGCCAUUGCAGAUACUGCGCAGCCAGCAACUCUUUGUCAAAAGUUGAAAAGCUGUCUCAAAAAUGAUUCUUUGAUUCUUGUUGAUGCUAGCUAUGGUGUCUGCUUUGAGGUUUUGAUUUUGAAUGAAUUGCCAAAUGCAACAGUUUUAUCAAUUUUAUGCACUGCUGAUGUUAAACUAAUUGCAAAAUCGGAAUACCAAGUAUUACAUGAAACUCAAUCAUAUAAUGUCCGUGUCGGGUUUUCCUGUUUCUCUUUAAGUGGUCUUUGUGAAGAGACUUUGUUAUUAUCAAAAAUUGUGGAGUCAAAUAAAUUUUUGUCAUUACAAAACAGCAGGUUGGACCAUAUUAUGAAUUCUUUGGCUAAAAUAAGGCUCGUUAAGUAUUUGAAUCAUACUGUCUUUGCUCGUUCUAAUCUAAGGAACAGUGAAGAGGGUCAAAGUUUUGGAUCUUAUAUUUGGUUUCAUUGUAUUAGAAGAAUUGCUCUUGAAGUUAUAUCAAUUACAUUUGAAGAAUUUGAUUAUCAAAAUUUCAACAACAAUAAGACAACUGCACAAAUUGUACCAAAUUUGGUUCAUGAGCUAAUAACAAUAGCUGAGAAAUCGAACGCCUCCGAUAUUUGGAAUUUCUUUAGAAAUAAGAAGAAUGUCAUUGAAUCAUUACUCAAUUGCUAUUCUGCUGAUGAAUUGAAGGUAAUGAAGGUAGCUAUCAGGUCUGAUCCUAUUUUUUUGCACCAUACAGAUACACAAUAUUGCUUUGCUCAUGACCUUCAUUCCCCAUUAAAGAUGUUGGUAUAUCAACCAUUAUACUUAUCUGAACUUUUAACUUUACCAAACGUAUCUAUUGGAUUCCUUUAUGGUAUAUUUCUAGAGAGAACAGAAGUUAAAAUAUUGAAAUUUUUUAGAAAAUUGAAAAUACCCUCAAAAUUAAAUUUAACUGAUGAUGCUGUUUCAACAGCAACUGAUGAAAUAAGAGAGAAGAAUCUUUUGGCGCUGCAGAACAAAGAUGGCGUUGCAUUAAAUGAAUUGAAUGAAGAAAAUAUCCACGAUGAGUUUUAUUAUUAUGAUGUUGAUCAAAUACCAACCUAUAGUGAAAAUGACGGUGAUGGGGUUGAUGGAAAUACUGCUCAAAACAACAACAACAAUGAUAAUACCAAGACCGAUGUCAAUAAUAGUGAUAUUAAUAAUGACAUUGGAAACGCCAGUAAAAACAAUAAUAAUAAUAACAAUUCCACACAAAGAGAGGUCAAAUCUGAACAACGCGGUAAGAGGACUGUGGUUCAGGAUGGGAACAGCCAUUUAUCAAGUGUUCAUACAGCAGAUGGGGUGAAACUACUCAAAAGUAAUCCUGAUAGGCCACGGGAAAGCAUCCAGAAAAUUUUAGAAGACAGUAGUAGAAUUCCAUUACAAUUACUAAGGCCCAAAAAGGAAAGAUAUUUGGUUUUACCUAUAAUUAAAUGGGAUGGUUCACAAUUUUUGAAAACAGAUACAAAACUUCGAAUUGUUGAAAGUUCAAGGAGACAUGUGUUGUUGGAAUUUUCAAAACAAAAGAUUAUAAACCCUCAAGUGAGGCCAAAGACACCUUCAAUGAACAAUGCAAGUUAUCAAAAUUAUCAUCUUGACACUAUACAGUCUGCUUCCAACGAUAACACUUCUGAAAUAUUAAGUGUCACAACCAGUCGAUAUGGACAUGUUGAUUCAACAGUUAAUGCAAAAGGAAAAGUUGAGAUAAAUGUAACGUCUUCCUCAAAAAAAAGAAUUAAUGACUCGCCAGCAAGCAAAUCAUCAAUAUCAAACAGAAACAAGACAAGAACCAAUAGAGAUAAUCUGAUUGAUGAACUUAGAGGAUUAUCAGUGUCAGACAAUCAAAAUACAGAAAAUGACGUUGAAACAAUCAAAUCACAGUGUAAAUAA